UCUCAGAGCUUCAUCAUGCCACCUAAGGGUGACAAGAAAAAGAAAGAUGCCGGAAAGUCAGCCAAGAAAGACAAAGACCCAGUAAACAAGUCUGGUGGCAAGGCCAAAAAGAAGUGGUCCAAAGGUAAGGUUCAGGACAAGCUCAACAACCUAGUUCUGUUUGACAAAGCUACAUACAACAAACUCUGCAAGGAAGUACCCAAUUAUAAGCUUAUUACUCUGACCGUGGUCUCUGAGAGACCGAAGAUUCAAGGUUCCUUGGCCAGAGCAGCCCUUCAGGAGCUGCUUAGUAAAGGACUUAUCAAGCUAGUUUCAAAGCACAGAGUCCAAGUAAUUUAUACCAGAAACACAAAGGGUAGAGAUGCCCCAGCUGCUGGUGAAGAUGCAUAAACAGGUUCAAUCGGCUGUACAUUUGGAAAAAUAAAACUUUAUUAAAU